UUCUGCAGCGCCUUCUUCCAGUGCAAGAUGAACACCAUUCUGCCUUGCCAAGAUCAGUACUUUGAAGGAGGCCAGAGCUAUAAUUGCCCGUAUUCCACUACAACGUCAGAAUCUAGUGUUGACGUUUCCACGGAGACUUGGGUCUCUUUUUGGUCUGCUGGUCUCCUGGACAACAGAGAGCCCCAACAAGCACCACAGGCACAGGAAUCAUGCGGUGACUUGAAUUUCCCGGUUCCUAACUCAUGUUCAUGGGAAGAGGCUCAGCUUUCCUCUCAGCUCUAUAGAAACAAGCAGCUCCAAGAUACACUGGUGCAGAAGGAAGAAGAACUUGCUAGGUUACAUGAAGAGAAUAAUCAUCUCAGACAAUACUUGAAUUCUGCUCUAGUUAAAUGUCUUGAAGAAAAGGCCAAGAAAUUGCUGUCAUCAGAUGAGUUCUCCAAGGCAUGUGGCAAAUUCAGAAAGGGGAAGAGGAAACCCAAAGAGCAAAGAUAUUUUCCUCCUGAGAUUCCCUAUUGCAAAAAUGCCAAGAGAAACCUCUCUAGUGAAUUUGCUAAAUGUGAAGAACAAUCUGGGCCCCCUGUAGAUCCCUGGGUCCUUCAAACGCUUGGGUUAAAAGACCUCAAUACCAUUGAUGACACCUUAUCAGCUAACUACAGUGCCCUCUCCUCUCAUUCCAGAAGAAUCACCAGCACAUUUCCCCAGUUUCCCAGUGAUAUAGUUGAUUAUGAAAAUAUCCCCAGGGAAAAUCUGCCAAAUGACUAUGGAGAUGAUAGAACAACCCCCUUGCACAGCACUGCCAGCCAGAGGGAAGAUUUUCACUUCCUUUCUCAACUUUCAAAUCCCCCAGGAGGGCUGCAAACGCUUCCUUACUAUACUUCUGAUGUGUCACCCAAUAAAACAGAGAUGGCCUUUUCCACAUCCCUGAGCCCUCACUGUAAUGUGAAAACUCAUUCCUUCCACCAGGGUCAAGCCUUUGUUCGUCGAGAUGAGGAGGGAGGCUGGAAGUUUACCUGGGUCCCUAAGCAGUCUUAGUGACCCUUCUUCUAUUACAAAGGACUGCCAUGAACUUUGUUUACAAAGACCUCAGUUGCACUUGAAUCAAAUGUGUGGAAUACAAAAUUAUUGCGCAGACUGUCUCCUGUCACUUUAAAUGUCAAAUGUAAUUACGUGCUUAAAUCUGCAGGGAAUGACUUCCAAGAAUCCAUA